AUGGAAAGACCAGAGCAAUGCCAAGAUUUGUUCGAUGUGUUACAAACGAAGGUAGUUCUUAAUGAGAAAGAGGCCAGGAAAUAUUUCAGCCAGGUCGUCGAGGCCAACAUCAGCUGCGAGGAGCAUGGUGUCAUUCACCGCGAUCUCAAGCCAGAGAACAUUUUGCUGGACUUGCUCAAAGACGAAAUCAAGUUGAUUGACUUUGGUUUGGCAUCCGAGGUUCAAGAAGAACCUUUUGAUACGUUCAGAGGAACCACUGCAUACAAGCCACCCGAAAGCAUCACAGCAGGACGCUAUGACGGUUGCCAGGGAACUGUCUGGCAAUUAGGAAUACUAUUGGUGGAAAUCUUAUCUGAAGACAUGGCUUUUGAGAAGCCAGAAGAUGCUCUGAAUUUCAAACCACGAAUUCCAGAGUACGUUUCACCAGAGGCCGCUGAUUUGAUCCGCAUGCUGCUGAAUCCAGCCCCCUCGAAUCGACCAAGAUUAAGAGAAGUUCUGCAGCAUCCCUGGUUCUCAUUGCAAGAUUGA